CCCGUCGUUUACUCUGCCCCCUAAAACGACGAGACACGUCACCUCCACCGUCUGAUCCGCCCCAACCCGGCAAAACCAAAAUGUUGGCUCAACCCGCUAUCCAGGCCCUCACAUUCUGGCUCUCGGAGCACCCCUCCAUCGUCGGGUUCCGCUGGUCCCACACCCACUCCUGGGGCUCCACGUGGUCCUUCCUCUUCACCGCCAUCGCCGUCUACAUAACCCUCUCCAUCCUCCUCCACCUCUUCCUCCUCGCCGUUAACCGGUCGGGUCGACCAGUCCCGCUCGGACCUAUACCCGCAAUCCACAGCCUUGCGAUGGCCCUAAUAUCGUUCACAAUCUUCGCCGGCAUCACCCUCUCCUCCGCCGCCGAAAUUCACGAAACACGGUGGUUCUGGCGGCGGUCCAAAACCCCAUUCCAGUGGCUCCUCUGCUUCCCGCUCGGGACCCGGCCGUCGGGUCGGGUAUUUUUCUGGUCCUACGUGUACUACCUGUCCAGAUUCCCCCACAUGCUCCGCACAUUCUUCACCAUCCUCCGCCGCCGGAAGCUCGUCCCUUUCCAGCUCUUCAACCACUCGAUCCUCACCGUCAUCUCGUUCCUCUGGCUUGAGUUCUCGCAGUCGAUUCAGGUCCUCGCCAUCCUCUGCACAACGCUCGUCUACUCCGUCGUUUAUGGGUACCGGUUCUGGACCGCCGUGGGGAUGCGGGGCGCGUGUUUUCCGGUGGUGGUGAACUGCCAGAUUGCGCUGCUGGGUUGCAACGUGGCGUGCCACGUCGGCGUCCUGAUGCUGCAUUUCAUGAAAGGCGGGUGCAACGGGAUUGGCGCGUGGUUGUUCAAUUCGGUCCUCAACGGUGUGAUUCUGUUGGCAUUUUUGAAUUUUUACAUCAGAAUUCAUCUGGGGUUUUUCAAUAAGAAGGGGAAGGGAAGAGGUGUCAGCAGCGGAGCUGGCGGUGGCGAUACGGCGGCCAAGUCCGUUGGAGUUAAGGACAAGGAGCUUUGAUGGUGUAAGAUGCAAUUUUAGGGGGCGGAAAUUAAAUUUUUGAUGGGAGGGUAGGUUUUUGGAAUUUGUACAUGGUCCACAAAUUAAUACAUUUACAAUGACGGAAAUUUUAUUUUUCUGGUCAAUAAUAUGCUUCGGAAGAAUGAAGUAUUAAAGAAGAAUCAGGGACUCAGCGGUUACAAUAAUAAUAAUAUAAUAUACACUGAUGCAUAUUAAAAAACACUCACGAUUAUAGAUUUUGUUCAAGACAGAUGACGGUUUUGUAUAAUAUACAUUAAUGCACAUAGCAAUUCAUUAGCUA